GAGGUUUCCGUGACUGGUAUGAUCGGAGCUUGUAGCCGGAAGUUAAGAAACACGUGUGUCAAAUGCAAGUCACAGAAGUUGGUGAAGUAAACUAACAAAAUGGUACUUCAGAGGGUUGUAAAACCCAAAACCCACAAGGGAAGAAAGUUUUUAGAAAAUAGAGAACCUAAAAUAGAAGAAAAUGACAAGGUGGCGAUGUUUAUAAAAGGAGGAAAUACGAGUCAAACAGUUUCACAAGUCCUCAAAGAAAUGUACAUGUUAAAGAAACCUACUGGCAUAAUGAUGAAACGUAAAAAUGUUGUGAGACCAUUCGAAGAUCAGACGACGUUGGAAUAUUUUUCAGAAAAAAAUGACGCGUCUUUAUUUUUGUUUGGAUCUCAUUCAAAGAAGAGGCCGCACAAUUUAGUUUUAGGACGAUUCUUUGAUCAUCAUAUUUUAGAUAUGGUAGAGUUGGGCAUCGAGAAUUUCAGAUCCAUGUUUGAAUUUCAAAAUGAUAAAUGUUCUCAUGGCACCAAGCCAUGCGUUAUCUUCAGUGGACAAGACUUUGAGCAGCUGGAGGAUUACGCUAAACUCAAAAGUUUACUUAUGGACUUUUUUCGUGGACCUAAAACAGAGAAAAUUAGAUUAUCUGGUUUAGAAUUAGUGCUGCAGGUUACAGCUGUUGAUAACAAAAUUUAUUUCAGAACUUUUCGAACCGUACUGAAAAAAUCCGGAACUAAAAUCCCCCGCGUAGAGUUGGAAGAAAUUGGACCAUCUCUAGAUUGGGUAGUGAAAAGAAGUAUGUUUGGUUCUGAUGACUUGUACAAAAGGGCAAAUAAAAAACCAUCUGAGGCCAAAAAGUCGAAAACCCAAAAGAAUAAAUCCAGAACAAAUCUUGGAGAUAAAAUGGGCAGAAUUCACAUGCAAAAACAAAAUCUUGAUACACUACAAACAAGAAAGAUGAAAGGGCUGAAAAGAAAGAAGGGAGGUGAUGAGGUGGAAGGCGAAGCCGGUGAAGCAAGUGAAUCCACAAAUGAAAAAUUGAGAAAAAUGGCUGAGUAAUGAAAGAACUGUUAAAAAAAAUAUUCACCAAGCUUAUGUAAAUAAAAUGACUCACAUACAUAAAAAUUGUCUGUACUACUGUAGCAUGUGGAUUCACAUUCUAUUCGACAAUCUUUAUAAGAAGCUAUACCAUAUAUGGGAAGAUUACAGAAUCAGUAUGUCAAUAUUUUGUAACACUACACUAUCUGAGGUUACCUAGACAUUUCAUUGUAUUAUGCAAUAGGACUAUCAGAGUAAUCUGUCCGAGUUAUACUCCAGGGCCUAGCCGUUUGAUUCUACUGAUAAAGAAUCCUGUGUAUGAAGUCAGGGGUGCACAAGAGGGUUUUUUUAGUCCAGAUAGGCAAAUGGACCAUUUUUUUUUUGCCAAGUGGGCCGGGUUUUUUUCUUGGGUAAAAUGGGCCAGUUUGCCGGAGUCUCUUACACAUUCAAUCAAACCAAAAUGAGGCGUACAAAUCAAUAUUCUACUGAGUCAUUUAAAAAUUACAUAAUGCUAUACUUACUAACUAGUUUUGACCUAACUGGGGGUAAUAAAUUGAUUUUCUAAUACUGAGUGGGCCGAUUUUUUUAUCCCCCCCCCGCAGAAAAAUAUGUUUGUGUGCCCCUGUACGAAGUAAAUUAUUGAAAUAAGGAUCUAUUGGCUGUUUCUGCAGUUCUUGUGGCAGAGACAGGAUUAAUGAAUAAAAAAAUCUAAGCUGUUGUUUAUAUGACUGUACAAAUAAAUUGAAAGAUAAAAAAAAGCUGAAUUAUUUGUAAAUCGGUGUGAUGUAUGGUAAAAGAGUAUUAAAUCGUUGUUAACUAUA